UACAUCAGCAUAUCAGACAAAAUGACUAUUCAAUCCUCCAUUCAGUUCCUGGUCUGUCACCAUAUUCAAACCCUAAAUUUUUUCGAAUACCAGACACCUAAAAUUUAAAAUCCGCGCCGCUCCUCUCAAAAUUUCAAAUCCCUCCCUCUCUUUCUCUCCCCUUUUCCCUAUAAAAUCAACACCCCCACAGCCCGCUCUACUUACCAACAGGAAAAAAAAGAAGAAACCAGUCCCUAGUUUUCUUAAUCGAAAAAACCUCUUUAGAAAAAUGCCUGCAAUCCCAGAAGAACCCCUUCUGGCUGAAAACCCAGACCGGUUCUGUAUGUUCCCCAUUCAGUACCCAUCAAUCUGGGAGAUGUACAAGAAAGCUGAGGCCUCCUUUUGGACUGCUGAGGAGGUCGAUCUCUCGUCGGAUAUCCGCCACUGGGAAAACCUGACUCCCGACGAGAAGCACUUCAUCUCUCAUGUCCUUGCCUUCUUCGCCGCCUCUGAUGGGAUUGUCCUCGAAAAUCUCGCCGGGCGUUUCAUGAAAGAGGUCCAAGUCUCGGAGGCGCGUGCUUUUUACGGAUUCCAGAUCGCGAUUGAGAAUAUCCACUCAGAGAUGUACAGUCUUCUGUUGGAGACUUAUAUCAAGGAUUCUGAGGAGAAGAAUCGUCUGUUUCAUGCUAUCGAAACGGUGCCGUGUGUGGCUAAGAAGGCACGGUGGGCCUUGCGGUGGAUUGACGGGAGCGAGAGUUUCGCGGAGAGGCUAGUUGCUUUUGCUUGCGUGGAAGGGAUAUUUUUCUCGGGGAGUUUUUGUGCGAUAUUUUGGUUAAAAAAGCGUGGGUUGAUGCCGGGGUUAACCUUUUCAAACGAGUUGAUCUCGCGAGAUGAAGGGCUUCAUUGUGAUUUCGCGUGCCUUCUCUACAGCUUGCUGAGGAAGAAGCUGAGUGAGGAGCAAGUGAAGGGGAUAGUGAAGGAUGCAGUGGAUAUUGAGAGGGAGUUUGUGGUGGACGCGCUGCCAUGCGCGUUGGUAGGGAUGAACGGGGAGUUGAUGAGUCAGUAUAUUGAGUUCGUAGCUGAUAGGCUGUUGGGUGCGCUUGGGUGCGGGAAGGUGUACAAUGUGGCUAAUCCAUUCGAUUGGAUGGAGUUGAUAUCUUUGCAAGGGAAGACUAAUUUCUUCGAGAAAAGAGUAGGAGAGUAUCAAAAGGCCUCAGUUAUGUCUAGUAUUAAUGGGAAUGGUGGGAAUCAUGUGUUUAAGAUGGAUGAAGAUUUUUAGAGUCUUUGUUUGUGGAAUUAGGAUUAUGGAUCUCUUACUGCUUUUAUUAUUA